GUCAAGUCCUUAGUGCAUACUAGCUGAGCUGUAUUACAUAUAUAACUGCGAGCAGCUGAAGUGGCGGGUAGUGCUGUCUGGACGUGUUCCCAUCCCAUUGUGACCACGAACGCAGCUAAAAGCCGAAAUUGAUAGCUUUCCUUAGCUUUUAUUCUCGUUAAGGCUAAGCAGAAGGAAGGCCAAAGCUAGCGAUUCGGAGCGCACCCCUGCGGUCAAGCUUGAGCUGCUGCGGGAGCCUGGAGAGGCGACAGUGGCAGAGCUAAACUAAGCAGCGCAAGAACAGAGUUUACCUACUAUGCAGACCUGAUUCGGGCUAUGCGCUGCGUGGGCGGAGCCGUUCCGGCCUGACCUCUGCGCUCAGGCGCCAUGAUUGUCCCAGCACAGUACCUGAACCAAGUCUUCCAGGCCAUCAAGAAAGAUUCCAACGGCAGUGAGGACCAGGGCGUUCUGUGCUUUGCGACUUGCACCGAUGCGGACUCGGUCUGCGCGUCGCAGCUCCUGCUGAACCUCUUUAACCGUGAGAGCCUGCACUUUUCACUCAUCCCGGUUAGCUGCUAUGAGGAGGUCAGGGAGCACUGCGCCCCGCUUAUCACUGCCCAGGAGGUGAAAACGGUACUGCUCGUGAACUGCGGCGCCACGGAGGAUGUACGGAGCCUGUGCAACCUGCCCAGCAACAUCCGCAUCGUCAUCCUAGAUCACCACCGGCCAGUAUGGCACGGGCAUAACAAUGAGGAUGACAUGGACACACUGGUGCUUGUGGACGAUGAUGACCCUGUGCCAAAAUCUGUCGUACCCGUGUACGACCAACAACUUGACAACGAGGUUGCGGAAUCGGAUGAGUCAGGAAGCGGCUCGGAUUCCGACGAGGAUGAGGAGGAUGAGCAGAGCGGGGGGAGUCAGGAAGGGAGUGGUGAGGGACGUGGUCGGAAACGGCGGCGGAGUGUCGACGAUGGCGACGUUUCGCCUCCCAAGCGGGGCCCAGCUGCGCGGGCGAUGGAUGCAGCUACUAGACGCAGACGAGCAGAGGAGGUGGAUUCAUACUACAGCGACCGGAACGGCUACGGGAAGCCCUCCUCCUUACUGCUGUUCUCCUUAUGUCACCAGCUACAACACGACGACAACUUCCACGUCUGGUGUGCCAUCGUGGGAUUGACGGAGCAGCUGCUCUUCCAGCAGAUCAGCAAGCAGCAGUACAACACCUGGCGGGAAAACCUCGUUCAGCACGUCGCCAUGCACCAGGAUGUGGGGCAGGAGGACGGACUGGACGGGUCCAGUCUGCUCAUGAUGCCGCGGCACAAGGUGCAGGUGGAGGCGUGCGAGGACUUGCGGCUUACGCUGUUGCGCUACUGGACCAUUGAGGACAGCCUGCGGUACACGGGCUACGUGGCGGCGCGGCUGCAGACGUGGCGGCAAAAGGGGCUAGACAACCUGCGCAGCCUGCUGACCUACAUGUGCAUCCCGCUCAAGCACGCCAGCACGUCUUACAAGGGGCUGCGUGAGGUGUACAACGGCCAGCUGCGCAGCCAGCUACCUCGCUUCGCUCCGCAGCACAUGUUGGCCUGGGACUCGCUGCACUUCAACAGCUUCCGGCUGCUGUACAAGCACGAGGAGGUGGGCGCCUCCGACAUGGUGUUUGCGCUGCUGGGGCUGCUCACGGACACGCAGGCGGGCGGGCCGGAGUGGCACAGGACGGCCUUCAACAACGCCCAGAACGCGCUGCACAUCCAGCGCAACCUGCACAUGGUGGAGCGGGGCAUCGAGCUGGCCAAGCAGAUGUGCCAGGACGUCGUACACGAGUGCGGGCUGAUGAUCACGGCCGGCAAGGUGAAGGGCGGCCGCACAGCCGACUACCGCUGGGUCAACGUGGCGGACAGCAACGCAUUCGCCAACCCCCGCUUCCGCCACCCCACCGUGCUCAAGUACAUGGCGCUGUUCCUGCGCGACGCCACCAGCUGCCGCUACAGCUCCAGUGACGCACGGCGACCCAUGGUGGUGGCGGGGCCGCCGGACGAGCGCGGCGUGUGCUGCCUGGUCUCGGUGCACGCCAAGCACAUCUCCGGCAACCGCCUCCAGAACAACCCCUUUGCGCGGCCGUUCAUCGAGACGGCGGGUGCGCUGAACAUCAUUCCGCUAAAGAGCGCCUUUGAGAACGCCACGUACCAUAUCCGCAAGGAGGACGUGACGGCCUUUCUGGGCAAGCUGCAGGACGUGGUGGGCGAGUACCGGGCAGCCGCCGCGCAACAGGCGCAGGCUGCGCAGGCAUAGUUCCAUUCAUUAUUCGUGUACGGUUGCUAGCCCCGCUCUGUGCAGCUGUGUGUUUGUAGCUACCUGUUUGUGUUUCGACGGUUUGUCUGUGUUGUGUUGUGUCUGUGUGUGUCGUCCUAGGGGCGCUUUUGGAGUAUGUGUGUAGUUGAGGGUGCACCCGACCGCAGGAGGAGGGGUGGGCUUACGCGCGCAAGGGGGCUGGUGGCGCGCAAAGAUGACGGGUUCAGGGGCGUGUGUGCUGGUUCAUGGCACGGAACAGGGGUUUUGUUUACACGGUUGGUGGAGGUGUGUACGGAAUCAGGGCGGCCUGCAUUCAUGGUAUUGUAGCUAGGAAGGUGUAGGUGUCUGUUGUAGACUAGAGCAUGCGGAUUUUGGAUCCAAGGAGACGUCGUACAUGUCGUCAUGCUGCUUCUGUGGUGAUUCAGGAGGGUGAGCCAGGG